AUGAGCAUUAAUUUAUAUUAUCUUCUAUCGUUUAUGAGACAAAAUAUAACAGACUUGUUAUCAAGUCUCACACUCGUGGCAAUGCAUUUUAUUUAUAUGUUUGGGGCCAAUUUUGGCGGACAAAUAGUAACCGACCACAAUGACGAUAUUUUUAAAGCAACAUGUAAUGCAUUGUGGUACAUUGCACCAUUAUCAUCGCAAAAAAUAUUUUUAUUUUUAAUACAUCAUACAAUGAAAAGUUUUAAACCACUUCUCUGUAAUAUAUUUGUGGCUUCGCUGGAAGGUUUUGCUACGCUAGUUACCACAUCAUUGUCUUAUUUAACAAUACUUUAUUCUAUACAAUAA